AUGGCUGGUCCCGGUGGCGGUCCUCCUCGCCGCAGUCACACAAAGUCCCGCAAGGGUUGUGAAACCUGCAAACGUCGUCACAUUCGAUGCGAUGAAAACUUCCCGCAAUGCCGCAACUGCACCAAGCACAAGAUUCGCUGCCCCUACAACGACGUGCAGGUGCCCGACGCCGAUCGCUCGACGACCCCGGACAAGCCCGACCUCAUGUGGACGCCUCAGGUCGAGGCCGCCAUUGCUGACUGGCAGUCCACGGGCAUCUUCCCCUUCCCGUCCCUCGGCGCCUACCCGGCCCCCAUGCCGCAGUUGUACUCGUACGAGGACCUUCGCCUCAUCUACCACGUCGCCAGCCUCUAUCACCAGCUUGCCUCGAUUGACGCCAACAACUUCACGCUGUGGACCCGUCAUGUUCCGACUCUCCUCAGGAUCGGGGCUACGACUCCAUACGUCAUGCAUGCGCUGCUCGCCUUCUCUGCCAUGCACAUCGCCUUCCUCACUGACUGUCCCCUGGUCGGCAGCAUGGCCUUUGAACAUCGCGGCGUGGCCCUCAGCGGCCUGCACGAGGCCAUUGGCUCCUUCUCUCGCGAGACCUCAGACGCCAUCCUGGCAGCCUCGCUCGUGCUCUCCUGGCAAGCGACGGAUUGGCGCAGCUGGACCCAGCUAAUGCAGGGGACCUCGACGGUCAUCGACGCCAUGGAUGCGUGGAAGCACGAGUCUCAGUUUGGCGACUUCAUCGGCGAGAGCAGCACCUUUCCCACGGCGCCGCCGUCGCCGGGCCCCGAUCACCGGGCCAGCCAGCCGCGCGAGGAGGACAUUCAAGCCUACCAGCGAACGCUCGAGCAGGUGCAAAAGGUCGAGGCUCAUCUCAAGCGCAACAAGGAGGAGACGACGCAGAUCCAACACCUCAUCGGCUUCCUCAAGGGUGCCCGCAAGAUCAGCCCCACGCUAUCCAUUGCCGCCCAGUACGAGCGCCUCCAGCCCCUGAGGACCUGGCUCUUCUGGAUGCCCGUGGGCUACCUGCAGAACCAUCACGGCUCCCCCAACUCGCUCGUCAUCAUCGCCCACCUCUACACGGUGGCCCUUGUCAUGGAGCGCCUCUUCCCCGAGAUUGGCGCCGCCUACUUUGGCAGCCUGUCCAUCUCGCCCGUCGAGGAGAUUGCCCGGCGUCUCAUGUCCAUCAGUGUCGCCGGCGGCGGCGACGGCCGCGUCCAGCAGCAGACGCCGCUCACCCUCAUGGAGUUCCCCAUCGACACGGUCAACGAGUUCCGCUCCCGCAUGGGCUGGAUCCACCCCGAGAGGACUCCUUCGUUCCCGCAGUUCAACCCGCCCAACUUCCCUGUCGCCGACGAGUUGGCCAUGCCCGUCGCCAAGCAGCACUUCGCGCCCUACGGCAACCUGCCCUUCAGCUACAGCGCCGAGGAGCUGCCCAUGCUCAACAGCGCCUCCAUCCCCGGGCACAACCAGGCCUCGAUCAGCCCGCUGCUGCUGUCGUCGCCGUUUCCGAACCAGCAAUACCUGAGCAUCCCGUCGCCGUCGUAUGCUGGUGCGUACAGCCCGGCUUCGUCGACGCUCGAAGGCUCGGUCGCGUACAGCGAUGCCGACGAGUGCGGGGUGUUUGCUCACACGGCCUAUUCCUCUGGCCAGCCGUCCAUGUUGAGCGAAGCGAAUCGCAGCUACGGCGUCGGGUUCGUCACUCCCCACCAACCCGUGUGGAUCUAA